CUGUGAGACCACUGACCGCGGCCGGGUGACUCAGCAAGGAACGAGCAACCUCAGAUACAUUUGCUUGCCUGAAAUGCAAAUGCACAUUUAAGACAAGACACGCCGAGCAUCAGGAGAAAGAAUCGAGUGCCCCUUGUUUCUCUCAGCUUUCCCUGGCAAACACGAAGCAUCUCACCACGAUGAACAGCACCAUCGAUGAUGCGGCAGCAAAUUCCCAAGACGGGAAUAAGACUUCCACUCUUAGCGAGAUGGACUCGAUUCUCGCUGCCUUGAAGUCCAUCGCCAAGUAUAAAGCCCGCUCCUACGACACUUCUAAGAACGUACAUGUUCCGUUGUUGCAAGCCCAUACAAAAGACUCUCCCGAGAACGGUCCAACAGUCGUCCUCCUCGGCGACUCCAUGCUGGAACGCAUGACCACAACCGGCCAGUCCCCCAACUUUGUCGCGCCCUGGCCGUCCCCGGUAAUGCUCAACGACGACACCCUGUCCAGAUACCAGCUCAAGUCCGAUGAGCACCCCACCCUGCACCGAUUCGAUCGCGUGUUCAACGCUGGCGUGGGCGGUGACAAGAUACAAAACGUUGCCUACCGGCUUGUUGGAGACGAGGAGAGGGGACUACCAGGGUUGUUGCCCUUGUUGGCGAGAUGUGGGACCGUCAAAGUAUGGCUUGUUCACGUUGGGACCAACAACCUGUCGCCGAGAUAUGGGUUGAGGUACGAGGAUGUGGCUGCGCUGGAGGUACUGCUCAGGGCAUUGCUGCGCGCCAGUCCAAGGUCUCGAUUGCUAUUGACUGGGCUGUUUGACAGAAAGGACAUGUCAAGCCACGUCGUUUGGGGCGCAGACGACAAGCUGAAAGAUCUGGGCAACCUGCUCAUGGACCGGGGCGCGAUCGAAAGGGUGCUGUUCAUAUCUCGCCCUCUUGAGAUCAACAUAGAGGAGCACUUGGUGGAUCACGUCCAUCUGAACUUGGCUGGAUAUCGCGUGUGGACUGAGUUUCUGUUUGUGUCAAUGGUGGCGGCGUUACAGUGGGUGGACAGGAACGACAACUAAAGCGCUUGUCAUCACUGUAUGAGACGGAAAAUAUGCUGAUAUUCUCAGAUUUC